AUGAAGGUGGGUUUGAAACAAAUAUGAAUUAAGGAAUAUGUUUGUAUAGAGCAAAGAACUAAGCCCAGUGGAAUCAGAGAGGAGCAAAAAUAACAGAACAAGAAGAGAGAGGAUUAAAACCAUCAACAUUCUCAAAUUGAAAUCAAGUAAACCAAAUUUACUAAAGAACAUUAACAAGAAUAAAUUUACUUCAGGCCUGCUAUCAACUCCAAAAUUAGCUCAAAAACCUUCAAAGCUGAGAGUCUUAAACAAUUCGAGUUCGAAAUAGGAACUAUCGCAGUAAUGAUAAUCACUCUGCAAGGUCUUUCCACAAAUUUAAUCCUAAUAACUUCCCACCAAAUACCCGUGCAGGGAGUGUACAGUUGAUAAACACCACUAGAGUGUCAAUAGCAGAGCAAAUUUUGGAUUAUGAGUUGGUACCGAAUGAUCUGAUUCAGUCCAAGAUAGAUUAUUUCAUCACUCCUUAUAACAAGCAGAUUACAUGUCAUAAACAUAUGGACUUUGGCAAGUCCAUACUGACUUCUGAAGAGUUCUUAAGAGUUAUGAACGGAGAAGAUAUUAUUCAGGAUUCCAAACGUUGGAAAACCAUAACUGAUAUAAUCCUCAAAGUCUCUGACAAAUCAUUCGAGGCAUCUAUCAACACAGUGAAUAAGGAUGCCCGGCCAAAGCUGAAGGCUUUGCUUGGCAGGCUCAUUCGUUUACAGAGAAAGAACCCGAGAAUAAGCUUGUAUGAUCUUUGAAGCAAUGGCGGCUUUACUAAAUCAGAGAUUGUUAUACUCUCCAAUUGUCUUCACAACAUCAGAAAAAUUUGAGAACGUUUCAAAGAUGACAAUCCUGAAGAACCCAGUUCAGGACUUCCAAAUAUUGUAGAAAGGUCUAGAUCUGAGUAUAGAAUUGGUAGCUCAGAUGUUGAUCCAAGCAUGCAUUCCCCAAAGAGGAAUAAUAAGAUGAAGAAUUUUCCAAUAAAAUUUGGCAGGCUGAAUCUCAACCAACAUGAUCGGAAGAGGUACACUGUUGAACUUCGAAACAGUCUCAAAACUAAGGAACCCAGCUUGAGGAAUUCUCCCAAGAAGAACUCAGAAUACUUCCAUACUGAUAAUCAAGAGAUGGAUAAUGCAGUACGCAGCAAUAGCUUUCAGAAGAGACUUACCAGAAAGGAACUUGGCAUGAAGUCCAAGCUGUUCUCUCAAUGCAUAGUUGAAUCAGUUGACAAGUCUAAGUCCAAAGGAAAGUUUUCAGUCAUCUAUGGAGCUAAAAAGUCUCGGAAUAAUAUGUGGUAUUCAAAGAAAGCCAAAACUAUUAAGGAGUUCGCCACAGCUUUCACUCAUCGGAGAAGUAUUGCAGUACCUUCUAAAUAUGAGAAAAAUAUUAAGAUGACAAAGUGGCAAGACAUUAACAAAGUGUUAUCCAACUUAGAAAAGGAGGAAUUCCCAAUGCUUAGGAGCUUCAAUUAUGCUCGAGAUGAUAGUCUUCCUCAUAAGGCUUCUGGUUCUAACCUACAAAAGCAAAACACCUUGAUUAAUCUUAUCGAGCCAUUAAAAGAAGAGACUAUGUCGUAUAAAUCUAAAAAGAGCACAGAAGACUCAAAAGAUUAUGACUUCACUAAGAGUAUUUCUAAACUUGGUCAGUAAUUAAUCAUUUCAAUCUGAGCUGGCUA